AUGAACUCCACUGGACUCUUUAAUUAUCCUAGUCUCUCGACACCGCUGGCCUUCAACGCCCUAGCUGAUUCUACUCUCCGUCGUGCCCAACUCUUGACUGAGCGUGUGCCUAGAGCACGGGGAUCGAGAUCCGAGCUGUUCAAGGUGGUGAAGAACUUGGAUACCCUGAGCGACCUGCUAUGUGGGGUCAUUGACUUGGCUGAGCUCCUCCGCAAUGCGCAUCCUGACAGAGCUUGGGUUAGAUGUGCUGAUGGGGAGUACGAAAAGUUGUGUGAAUUCAUGAAUAUCCUGAACACCCAUGUUGGUCUACAUGAAGUUUUACACGCCGUGCUUUCUGAUCGCGAGGUCGUCAAGUCGCUGACUCCGGAGGACCAUCAGACCGCACUAAUGUUCUGGAGGGACUUUGAAAAGUCUGGAAUAGAUCUACUACCUGGAGCAGCGAAGCAGGGGAUCAAGGACAUGGGAAUGGGUGCACGACUGCGAUUGCAAGCGCAAUUCACUCAACGACAUCUGCUCGCACACUCCGGGUCAUUACAAGCACAAAUGAUCAUGCGCAGCGCGCCAGCAGAAGAGCCUCGGAGAAAGCUGUACAUGGCAGCCAAUGCAAGUACCCCCGAACAUAUAGAGACGUUAGAGAAACUGCUGCAUGCUCGAGGUGAGAAUGUCCAGCGCUUUUUGGACGCACUCAUGGAUUACACUCGACCGUACGCGAGAAGUGCGUUACGCACGCUUAGCAUACGUAAGCAGGCACAUCUGAACACUGCCCCCUUCCGGAUGGUCCAGGCUUGGGAUUGUGACUACUAUCAUCCUCCGGAGCCGCCAGCACCGCCAGCCAAGCUGCCUCCUCUGACUCUUGGCAGGGUAUUCAUGGGUCUAUCACGCCUCUUCCAAAACCUGUAUGGCGUCUCACUGCGUUUGUCCGACGGCACCCCAGGAGAAGCCCCUGGCCCUGAUUUUGGCUCAUACCACCCUCGAUGCGAUGGAGCGCGCUCUGGUCAACGCAAAGGACAGACCACCCACUGA